AUGGCAGAAAUUAAAGAGCAAAUUCGUCCUAAAUUGAAAAAUGGCAACCGAAACACUCCUCCUUAUUAUAGACGAUGUGAUCGCGCUAAGGGCUACAUUCUAUGUGAGGGAAACCAAGUAGUAGAUAACCUAGCAAGUAUGGGACUGCGCCACCGAUUGUGUCGCUGUCUAUUUCCCACUUCUCAGUUGAAGCUUGAGACUCUCCACCAUUUACGUUUUUCUAAUAUUGGUUCUCAGCAAGUUUGGGAAACCUCUUUGGUGUCUUUCGUCAUUAUGCCGCACCAAACACCAGAUAUGGCUUGGAUGACAUCUGAAAAUUCUAGUAAAAAUGACCCCGGUUGGAAGUAUUGCGAAAAGGUUGAUCCACACAAUAAUAUCAAGUUGAAAUGUAUUUUUUGUAACGAAGUGAAAAAUGGGGGUGUGUCAAGAAUCAAGCAACAUCUUGCAGGAGGAGCUAAAAGGAAUACGGCGGCAUGUUGCCGAUGCCCACCUGAGGUUAGAGAUGAGAUGAGGGAGUUUAUACGUAAAAGGGAUGAAGCAAAGAGUCAAAUUAAGUCUAUACCAGAUUUUGAUGUUGCAAUGAAUGAUGAUGAUUAUGACUUGGACCUGGACGAUGAUAUUAUUGAAUUCAAUCCCCGUUCUAAGAAAUCUUCUACUCACGGAAGCACAACCUCCACAUCUAUUCAUUCUAAGCCUAAGAAACCAAGAACCAUAGGGCCUCUCGACACUUACUACACUCCUGAACCAGAGGUGGUAGUGGAAAAUAGAAAAGCCAAUGGCAAACAGUCAAAAAUUGAUGAGAAUGAACCAUAUAAGAAAAUAUUGAAAGACCGGGCUCAUCAGGCUAUUGCAAGGUGGAUAUAUGAUUGUGGGAUACCUCUAAAUGUUGUGAACAAUGAUAGUUUUGCGCCAAUGAUAGAGGCUAUUGAGCAAUACGGUCCGGAGGUAGAACAUGUUAACAAGUUGAUGGAGGAGCACAAAAAAGACCAGGAACAAUAUGGGUGUACGCUAAUGAGCGAUGGGUGGACUGAUAGGAAAAAUAGAACAUUGAUGAAUCUUUUGGUGAAUUCUCCUAGAGGGACCAUGUUUCUUAAAUCUAUGGAUGCGUCUGGAAUUGUAAAGGAUGCAGAAAUGAUAUAUGAAUUGCUUGAUGGGUGGGUGGAGCAUAUUGGAGAAGCAAACGUGGUUCAAGUUGUUACAGAUAGCGCCGCGGCAAAUGUGGCGGCAGGGAGGUUGUUGGAGGCAAAACGACCUCACUUGUUUUGGUCUCCGUGUGCUGCCCAUUGCUUGGACUUGAUGUUAGAAGACAUUUUUAAGUUACCAAAUUUGAAGACAAAUUGGGAAAGGGCAAUAAUGAUUCAUGGUUAUAUUUAUAAUCGACCCUCUUUGUUGAAUAUGAUGAGGCAAUUUACCAAGAGAAGGAGCUCGUUAAGCCGGCAAAAACUCGAUUUGCAACCGCUUUUUUGA